AUGUUAAAAAAACAUAAAGGAAAGGAUGUAUUAAAAGUUAAAGUUGAAAUAUUAAUUAAAAAAGUUGUUAACUUAAAAGAGUUAAAUGGGGGUUCGGUGUUUGUUUAUUGGAGAAGAGGUACAAGUAAAUCUUCAGGCGAAACAUCACAUAUAAUUGUAAGAAAUAGCGAAGCAAUUUUUGAAGAAAAGAUCUCGUUCGAAAGUAAAUUUUUUAUUGAUUCAAAAUCACAAAAACCAGAUGAAAAGAAACUAUCUCUACAAUUAAAAGAAGAAAAAAAGAAGUCUCAAGGCAAGGUUUUAGGGAAAAUAGAAUUGGACCUAACCUCAUACAUGAACUCAAAGCAUAGUCAAAGUGUAAAUUUAUCAUUCACAAAAGGUUUAAAACCAGAACCACAAAUCAAUUGUUCAUUUAAUACGAUACCAAUAAAAUUCAAUAGUAAACCAUUAGUUAAAGUAAAUAAUAAACAAGAUGCAUCAAAAGAUCCAAGAAUUGUAAGAACCUUUGGUGGUGACGAUUAUUUCUUAGAUAAAACAGAUGAUGAGCUAUCAGAUACUACAGUUGAUACUUCAAUGGCAACUGAUAUUACAUCAAAUGAUUUUUCAGAUGACGAUUUAAAUGAUGAUUUGGUAGAAAGUAAAAAAGAUUUAAAAAACGAAAUUGAUAAACUGUACAAAGAAAUUGAGGCAAUUGAAAGUGAAAGUUAUGAAAGAUUAACAAUUAUUAAAGCUAAAGAAAACGAAAUUGAAACAUUAAAAAAAAUAAAUAAAGAUUUACAAAAUGAAAUAAAGGCAAACGAAGUUUUAAUUGAUGAUUUUCAAAUUGAAAAGGAAAAUUUAAUUAAUCAACAGAUAAAUGAUGUUUCAAGGUAUAGCAGUGGUGAUACAUCCUCAGAGGUUGAGAUAUUAAGACAGGAGAAAAUGGAAAAGUUAACAAUUAUAACAGGUCUAGAAAAAGAAAUUACAAAGUUAAAGAAGCAGAUUAAACAAAUCAAUCAAUCCAAUUCAGAGUUUUCAAAUAUCUCUGGUUCAGAUUUAAGAGUCAAAUACCAAUCAUUACAGCAAGAGAAUGAAGCUCAAGAGAGAGUAAUUGCUCAAUUAGAAAAAGAUAAACAGGAAUUAUUAGAAAAAAUUCAAUCGGGAUCACUUGGUACAUCAUCUGCAGCUGCAAUUCAAUCAUUAAGUUUAAAUAAUAAAAAGAGAGGUACAGACUCACCAGAGGUUGUAACUACCAAAUCAAAUAAUACAUCGGGUUCGAUUGAGGAGCUUAGAAAACAAUCUGCUGCAUAUAAACAAGAGCUCGAUGAAAAAUCAAUGAUCGAAAGAAAUAUAUUUUUAGCAGAGCCACAAUUCAAAGGAAAUUUACCAGUUUCAGGCAUCAAUAUCUUUGAUGGCCUUUUAUCAUUGGGCGUAUUAAAGGAUUUCAAAAUUGGAACAAGAGUGUUUUCAAGUAUAAACGCAGCAUUCGAAACUACCUUUAAAAAAUGUCAAAACGAUAGUGUACUUUUAGCUUACUGGUUAUCAACCUCAUGUUUAUUAUUAGCAAAACUUAAAAAUAAAACAGAUUUGGAACCAUCUACCCAACCAGAAAAUAAUGUUGGUGGUCAAUCAACAUUAUCACCAAUUAGUAGUUUUGAAUACAAUUUAAAGACUAUUAUCUUCAAAUUUUAUUCUAAAUUAGUUCAAAAUGCAUAUCAAAAAUUAUCACCAGGUUUAGUUGGAAGCAUUUUACAACAUGAUAUUUUAGCAUUUAAUAGUGGAAAGGUAUCACGUAGAAAAUCAACACCAGAUAUCCCGGCCUAUGACGCAGCUACCAAUAAUUCUGCCAACAGCACACCAACAUCAUCAGCAUCCUACUCUUCUAGAAAUGGUCUUAGUUUCAACAGUCAGUUAACAAGCAAUACAACAUUGGAUGUCCUUAAAGAGUUUUUUGAAAUACUUAGACAAAAUUAUGUACAUCCAAGUUUAAUUAUCCAAUUUUAUAGUCAAUUAUUUUAUUAUAUAAAUUCAUCACUCCUCAAAUCUUUAAAUAGUUUGGAUGGUUUAUGUUCAGUUGUUAAUGGUUUUCAAAUGAAACUUGAGCUCUCUAAAAUUCAAGAUUGGGCAUCAGUAAAUCAUCUCGACGAAUCAAUAAACGGUUUAUCACAAAUGAUCGAAACAGCAAAUCUUUUAGUUAUGAACAAAGAGCUCCUAUCAGAUACAGAGGUUUUGGAUCAAGUUUGCCCCUCAGUGUCAAUGUACCACCUCACACAUAUAUUGGUAUGCCUUCAACCAGAUCUUAUUAAUAGUGAGCCUAUUCCAGAUUCAGUUUUUUCUUCAAUUAAUAGACUUAUCGGUAUGCGUAAUGAACUUCUGAAAAUAGUAGUCUUGAUUCAAUCGAUCUUUACAUAUUAUGCCACCAACUAUCUUUAG